AUGAACAUUCUGUAUUGUCAUGGUCUCGGAUCGUCGAUCAACAAUCGAAUCAGCACCAGUCUGAUGGAGUACUUCCGUAAAACACCGCACUAUUUUGAACGAUUACUUUAUCGUAAUCCUGGCAGUCGACACGUUUUGUGGAAUAUCUCGGAAUGGCGAAAAGAUAUUGAGAAACGAGUCGAUGGACAAGAAUGGGUGGUUAUCGCUAGUAGUGCCGGGUGCCACGCAGCACUUAACGCGGCAAGGAAUCGACCUGGUAACAUCAAGGGAUUAUUUUUAUUCUGCCCUGGUGUCUCGUUAUCAUUCGACUAUGUAGACAACAUAAUUCCCGGAGGUAGUGUUGUUCUCAGAAAUGGCCAAACUCUUAUCCAUCCGGCUUCGCGAGGAGGACAUGAAGCGUUAGUGGAUCGUGAAAAUCUUCAACACUAUUUGGAUGUAAAACCUCAGAUGGACAUCGAACCCGUGAUUACCGCACCAGGGGCUGAUGUGCGAUCCACCACAUCAAUAUGCUUGGUUCUGCUAACCAUUCGUGUUGACGGCUGA